AUCGGACGACCACAUAAGUAAAAUAAGAAAAGUGAUGAAAACCGUGACGAAAAUGUUAUUAAACGCAUUGUAAAAUGCUUAAAGUGCUAAUAAAUCUCACAUGCGAAACGCUGAAACGUGAAUUUAAUAUCAAAUCUGUGCAGAAUUUCAAAGUGCAAUAGCAAAUUGGGCAACCAGUGCAAUCAGUGCGAGUGCUAAACGCAAAUACAUAAAUAAAAACAAGCAAUAACCUUGUGGCAAUCGCUUGCAGUUCGAAACGCGCUGCGCUCUACAACAAAUACAUCAAGUAACAAAAUAGAAAGUCCAAUUACAACCAACAGCCGCCAGUGUAGUGAGUGUUGUGCGAAUUGCUUUCGUCUCAAUAACAAUAGUGCGCGUAAAUAUUAAUAUUCUCAAUAUCAAUAGUUCAUCUUCGCGCCAGUAGCAGUUUUGUUAAAACUGUUUCGUUUUCCGUGCAGGCCACUACAAAAAAAAAAAAAAAUAAAAAAUUCGAGGUGCACACACUGACAACCAAAUACAACGCACACAAACAAAACACACACAUACGCAUACAAACACAAUUAGGUUUAUACGCAGUUACGUAUUGGUGUGCAUACGAAAGACGUGCGCAAAAGAAUUCGAAAAUCUACUAAGUAAUUCCCAUUUGAAUAGUUCAAUUUGAAAAUACUAAAUAUCAACAACAAAAAAGAGUCUCAGCAACACAACAACAACAAAAAUAACAGCUGCAACAACAACAACAACAACAGGAAUAUUAUUGUAGUGAUUAGCGAACGAAAGAAAACAGGGAACGGAAACAGUUAGCUCGAUACAAUUUGAAUGCUGCUGCGGUUUUAUCAUUUGAAAGAAAAUGGUUUCGUUAAUUGAUACAAUCGAUGCGGCAGCAGAGGCUCAGAAGCAACGAACCGCUGCUGCCGCUGCCGCUGCGGCCACGACAACAACAUCAACAUCGACCAACAAAACAACAACAACGGGCAAUGCUGCAGGUGCUGUUGCUUUGACCGCCAGUGGAAAACCAAAGGAGAAACGAAGGAACAAUGAGAAGCGCAAGGAAAAGUCUCGCGAUGCGGCACGUUGUCGUCGCUCCAAGGAGACGGAAAUCUUUAUGGAAUUAUCGCAGGCGUUGCCCCUAAAACCCGACGAUGUCAAUCAGCUCGACAAGGCUUCGAUAAUGCGCAUUACAAUUGCCUAUCUCAAGAUACGUGAGAUGCUGCAGUUGGUGCCCAAGUGCAGUGAGUCAAUUAAACCGGAUAUUGACUCCAUCGAGGGGGCGCUGGUGAAGCCCAAGCUGGAGAAUGAGAACGAGGAUUGGCUAAAGUGUGCCGAGGCCAGUCAGCUGUUGAAACAGACGAUGGAUGGCUUUUUGCUGGUGCUAUCCAAUGAGGGUGACAUCACCUAUGUUUCCGAGAACAUUAUCGACUACUUGGGCAUCACAAAGAUUGACACGCUGGGCCAUCAGAUCUGGGAGUAUACGCAUCAGUGCGAUCAUGCGGAGAUCAAAGAGGCGCUCAAUCUCAAACGCAAUGGCAUCGCUGACAAGAUCAAGGAUGAGCAAUUGCUCGAAUCGGGGGUCAGCACACAUCAUCGCGAUCUAUUUGUGCGCAUGAAGUGCACAUUGACUAGCCGCGGACGCAGCAUCAACAUCAAGAGUGCCUCAUACAAGGUUAUUCACAUAACUGGACACUUGAGGGUCAAUAGCAAAGGCGAACGCGUUCUCAUCGCCAUUGGACGCCCCAUACCGCAUCCCUCGAACAUUGAAAUACCGCUGGGAACCAGCACUUUUUUGACCAAGCAUGCGCUAGACAUGAAAUUCACCUACGUUGACGACAAAAUGCUUGGACUGAUGGGCUAUGUGCCCAGCGAUCUAAUGGAGACAUCGCUAUUCGAUUGUCAGCAUGGCGGCGACUCGGAGCGUCUAAUGGCCACCUUUAAGAGCGUGCUGAGCAAGGGUCAGGGCGAGACCUGUCGCUAUCGUUUUCUGGCCAAAUGCGGUGGCUAUUGCUGGAUCGUGACUCAGGCAACGAUUGUCUACGAUAAGCUGAAGCCGCAGAGUGUUGUCUGCGUCAACUAUGUCAUUAGUAAUCUUGAGAACAAACAUGAGAUUUAUUCACUUGCACAACAAACGGCGGCAAGUGAGCAAAAGGAACACCAACAACCAGAAACACAGGAGCAACAAUUACCUGAAACUAACAACAACGACAUUGCAACUAAAACAACAACUGAGCAACAAGUUGUCGAUGAAACAACAGCAACAACAGUUGUAGAUAAACCCAAAGUGAUUGAGACUGCUAACGAAACAACUGCAACAACAGCAACAAUAAUAAUUGAACCAGUAGCAACCACCCAAUCAAGUCCAGCAACAACAUCAACUGCAACUGCAACUGCUGCAACAAACCCACCAGCAACACCAGCAUCAAACACCACAACAACCUCAAUUCUAAACAACAAACAAACAGAAACUGAAUUGUUUAUCAAACGCGAAAACAUUUCUCCCGGACCGCGAACAAUUACCGCUCAAUUACUUAGCAACACUUGCAACAGCAACACCAACGUCAACAGCAACUUGGUGCGUCCCAAAUCGGUAACAGCUUCGCUCAUACGCCCAACACCAACCACAGUAACUGCAGCAGCAACAACAACAACAUCAGUAGCAGCAACACCAACAUCUGCAGCAGCAACCGUUGCUGGUUACGUGAGCAACAAUAAGCAACGAAAUCAAACGUUAAACGUCGCCGCCGCUGCUGCUGCCGUCGCAUCACAGGCUUUACCGCCCACAACAACAGCAACAGCUGCAAUUCUAUCCUCUAGCAAACAGCAGCAACAACAGCAGCAACAGCAACAACAAGAUAUGAAUAUAAAUAUGAAAGAAUUCGUAUUGUUUGCUGACGAUGGCCGAGGCUCAACAAUGCUGAAAGAGGAACCAGAUGAUCUGUCACAUCAUUUGGGCAGCGGACCCUGUAUACAAUCCGAUGUGAUGACGGCGUUCAGCGAGAUGUUGGGCCUGAUUGGCGAUCCCUUUUUGUCCGAUGAGAUCUCACUGGAUGCGACCACCUGCUCGACAACGGCGAGUGGCCAACACUAUAACAGCAGCAACAAUAGCAGCUACAACAGCAACAGCAAUUGCCACAGCAGCAACAACAACAACAACACAAGCAGCAAUAGCAGCCACAAUAACAGCAGUAACAACAGCAAUAGCAAUAGUAGUAGAAAAAGUCACGGCGGCAGCAACACCAACAACAACAACAGUCAUCAGCAGCAACAGCAGCAACAACUGCAUCAACAUCAUCACGAUAACAGCAACAGCAGCAGCAACAUCGAUCCGCUCUUCAACUAUCGCGAUGCAUCAAAUGACACCAGUUGCUCGCAGCAUCUGCACUCGCCCAGUGUACAAGCAAAGAGUCCCGAGAUCAGCAGCCUGCCUUCGCUGUGCAGCCCCAAUUCGCUAAGUUUGGAUGAGGAUUAUUCGUAUGAGGAAUUCGGCAAGCGUGCUCCUUACAUCCCCCUCGACGACGAUGUGCCCAUUGUGCUCGAACGUGAUCUGAUGUGGUCCUCAUCGGCAGCCAUGGCCAAGGAUGUCGAGGCCAUGCAACAGCAGCAGUUGCCGCAGUUCAAGCAGCAACAGCAGCAGCCCAUCAGCAGCUAUCAUCAACCACUGCAACAUCAGCAGCAACACCAACAGCAGCAACAACAACAACAGCAGCAGCAGCAAUACUUUUCCAAUUCGCUGUGCUCGUCGCCCGCCUCGACAGUCUCCUCACUGUCGCCAUCGCCGGUGCAACAGCAUCAACAUCAGCAGCAACAGCAGCAGGAGCAAGCGAACGCUGUCUUCAACAAUGCCAGCGAAUUGGCCGCUUUGAUUUGUGGCACCGGCCCUGGCACGCUCUCCAUUCUUACCACACAUCAGCAGCAACAACAACAUCAGCAGCAGGAGCAGCAGCAAGAGCAACAGUUGCAGCAGCAACAACAGCAGCAGCAACAAUUGCUACAACAGCUGCAGCAACAGCAACAGGAGAUUAACGAGCAGCAGCAGCAGUUGCAACAGCAACAAUUGCAGUCGGAUCAGCUGACUUUGAGCAUCGAGUGCAAGCGAGAGAAAUACGAUGCGGCCAGCUUUUGUCCUUGUUCCAUUGACGAUGCAUUUGAGACGGACUACAGCAAGGAUUCCACAAAUUUGGAUUGCUGGACGGAUUUGUUGCAGAUGGGCGAGGCAGCAGCCAGUCCAGCAUUGUCACCUGCACCCAGCACCGUGACAACACUGCAAAUGUUGCAGCAACAACAAGUGCAGCAGCAGCAACAACAACAGCAGCAGAACAUUAUAUUGAAUGCCGUGCCAUUGAUCGCCAUACAGAAUAGCAAGAGUUUGUUGCAGCAAACUGCGGAGCAGGAGGAACAAUUGUUGCAGCCAGCAAACAAGUUGCCAGCAAUGAGGCUAUUGAAUGGCGCCAAUUUGGGUGCACUCAACACCAAGGCAGCCAUACGUCUCGUGGAGAGUAAAACGAGCAGCGCGCCGCUGGUGAAGACAACCGUGUUGCAAGCAUUGGUGCCACAGCAGCAGCAGCAGCAACAUGGCAACAAGCGACACUUGAACAGCGCUGCAGCAGCUGUCAGUGCUGUGGAAUCGAAGCGUUUGAAGAGCGGCACAAUGACCGUCGAAGUGCAAUCGCAGUCGCAAUCACAGUUGUUGCAACAGCUGAUGGGCAAGGAGCAACAGCAGCAGCAACAACAGCAGCCAACGAAGCGACAAUCGAACAGCGAACGCUGGUCGGCAGCGGAAGCCAAGCAGCAGAAGCAACAGCAGCAGCAACAACAGCAGCAGCAACAGUCGAAUUCGGUGCUAAAGAAUCUGCUAGUCAGUGGACGUGAUGUGAAUGUUGAAACUGCUGAACCCAUGGUAAUCGAUGACAACUCCAUGGACCAGGUGAUGACACCCAUCUUUGAAGUUGGUGAUGCCUCCAAGUACACCAUGCCGUUGCACUGUCAUACUUCAACAGCUUCGGUGCUGCGCAACUAUCGCCACAAUCCGCUGAUUAGUGGAACCAGUCUGCAGUUGUCGCCUGUAUUCCAGGCACCGAGCUGCGAUGGCGAUGCCAGUUCGGUUGCUUCUUUGGAUGACUCUAUGCCGCCGGCUUUGACACCUUGCGACACGGAUGCGUCCAGCGACAGUGGCAUCGAUGACAACAGUCUGGUUGAGGCGCGUAACCAGCAGCUGACCCACAACAACAACAUCAAUGAGACCCAUGAACAGAACGAGACAACACCGCCGCCACUUGAUGUGGUUGCUUUGCCCCCGGCACCGCCGCCGCUUGAGGCCGACAUCGAUGAGAAGGAGGAGACACUUGGCAGCAAUGGCACCAGUCGUAAAUCUUCGAUAUCCUUCAUGGACAGCAGCAAUCCCCUGCAGCAUCACGAGCUGUGGAAGGAGCUCUGCACCGCUGACUACAACAUGAGCGACAUGGAGUUGACCGAGAAUCAACUGGAGACGGUGCUGGGAUGGCCAGAGAUAGCCUAAGACCCAGAACAUAGCACACUUUUCAUCCAAGAGGGGUCAAAACUGCAUUUUUACGUAGGCAUUUCUUUUGUUUAGAUUCUUUUUUGGCAUUGUUUGUUUGUUAUUUGCAACACGUUAAGAAUAAUGAUGAGAGCAUUUGAAAAUUUGAAGACGAAUCAAGUGAAAAUCAAAGCAUAUAACCAAAAGAUUGAUGUUAAUGAGCCUUGCGUAAAAAUAGAAAAAAAAAACCAAACACGAAAUGAAAAACAAAACCCAAAAUUGACACACAAAAACACUGAGACACAUGAAAACAGGAAAAGUUCAACAUAUUUUGAAUAGUUUUUUGUAGCAAACUUUAACUGCCUAGAACAGAUGAAUAUAUAUGAGUAUGUAAUUUAGUUUUUAAUGGUUCUACACACAAACAGAAAAAAUCACACACAUACAAAAAAAAUAUGGAAAACGUAAAAAACAUAUACAUGCAUACAUACAUAUUAUACACAUAUACAACAUAUAUUGAUGUAAGGAAAAGCAUAAAGAAAAAUAUUCAUAGUUUUUUGCUUGUAAAGGCUCAAGUAAUAUUUCUGGUGACGGUUGUAAUCCGAUCAACAUUCAAUCGCAAAAGCUGUGAACACAAAAAAAAUUUCAAAAUGUUCUACAAAAAAGAAAAGCCAGCAAAAAAAAAUAAUAAUAAUAAUAAU